UGUUGGUGAGACUUUUGCAUUAGUUUGGAACAUUGCAUUGGUUAGCUUGUUAGUGCUAUGGGGAGGCAACCUUGCUGUGACAAACUUGGGGUGAAGAAAGGUCCAUGGACUGCUGAAGAAGACAAGAAACUCAUCAACUUCAUUCUCACCAAUGGCCAGUGUUGUUGGCGAGCUGUGCCUAAGCUUGCUGGCCUUAGGCGUUGUGGCAAAAGUUGUCGUCUUCGUUGGACUAAUUAUCUUCGCCCUGACUUAAAGAGAGGCCUUCUCACUGAAGCAGAGGAGCAACUUGUUAUUGAUCUUCAUGCCCGUCUUGGCAACAGAUGGUCCAAAAUUGCUGCCAGGUUACCCGGAAGAACAGACAAUGAGAUUAAAAAUCAUUGGAACACUCAUAUCAAGAAAAAGCUCCUUAAGAUGGGUAUUGAUCCCGUUACUCAUGAACCUCUCAAUAAACAAGCAGCAUCCAAGGAUAGUUCAUCAUACCCUGCAGAUAAUUUGCCAAAACCUAGCAAUGACCUUGAUCAGGUCAAGGAAACUGAUCAUGGGGUUCUGAACUCAGAGGAGAAUUCAAGUUCAUCCUUAGCUGAAAAUUCUUCUGGGGAAGAAUCCCUUUUGCCUGAUAGCAUUUGUAGUGAGGAAUCUCUAAUAAACACCCUGUGGCUGGAUGAAACUCCUUUGGUGGAAGCAUUAUGGGACAAUACACCAAAGGCAGAUAAUGACAUGGCUUUGCUUCCAUCUUGGGAGGAUAAUUGUGCUUGGUUAUUGGAUUGUCAAGACUUUGGUAUUCAUGAUUUUGGGUUUAAUUGUUUCAACGAAAUAGAAUCAAAUGCACUGCAAACUAUAGGAAUAAAGGAAGAGGAGCAUUAGCAUGCAAUGCAUGCAGUACAUGUGGUGAAGCGAAUUACUAAAUUAAUUGUCUACAAAAUCAUGGUAAGAUAUCAAAUCUGUAAAUGUGACAAUACCACGGGCUCAAGCUAUGGUUCUUGGUGUUGAAUUUUAUGUAGCUAGUAUUUUACAGAAUGUUUGGAAGGUGAACCUUUCCUCUUAUGAGGUUCCUCGCCAACCAAAUCACAAAAAUGAUAGCAAACCAAAAGCCAAAUCAUAAAAAUGCCAAAGUACGUACUUUCUUCUAAAUGCUGUAUUUAUGUGUACGGUAGGGACAUAACAAAUGGGAAAUGUGUAGUGGGUUCGGAAACCUAUUGUACAAAGAUGUUUACUUUGAAAAUAAUGGUAAAAUCUUUUGUGAUUUUAAGUUC